AUAGAACUCCAUGUAUUGGAACGGAAUUUUGGCUAACGCCCGAUUAAAUGAACUGGAGACUAAAUCCAGUUAUCUAACGCGAUAUAAUGAUAAACGUGACCAUGGCACGUCGUCGGACAAUCUGUUCGUAAACUCAUUUACAUGAAAAGAGUUGCUUGCUACGAUCGCAGGGGAACGUGAUUUGUGUUUCGAUGAUACGAUGUGAAAGAACGAGCAUUCGCUCGCUUGAUCUAAACACACCUUUAUAUAAAGUCAUCGUUAAGUAUCGGUAUUGUAUGGACCACUUGCCCUCAAAUGGGUUCAAAUAAAUGGAAUUCUACUAUAUAUAUACAAGUGAACUACGAGUGAAUAUGCACGCCAAUUCGAACCACCAGAUUUCAAUUUUUAACGGAAUAUGAGUGAGCAAAUAGAAAUUUUGUCACUCUAUUGUCAAUUGUCAAUUUAUUGUAACAUAGAAUAAUACAAAUUAGCGUUAAACAAAACUCUUCCGCUUUCCGCGAAUUUUUUUAUUCGAUCCAUCUGAUGCAUUUAGUCAAUUAGGAUACAACUUUUGGCCCGUUAUCUGCACACCGAUGACCCGGAAACUGUCCGGUUAGUGUAUCACUGUUUGUCCACACAAUAUUGUACCGUUCUACGUAACAAUGUUCUACGUUGGUUUACAUAUCUGCUAUAACCUCUACAGCUCUAAUUUGCAACUCAGUUGACCUUUGUCGAGGUAGCGGAACUACUCGAAUAAAGUGGUAUCGAUUCUGCAGUGUUGGAAACGACGGGAAAAGUUUCAUCUCGAUUAUAUGUAUAUGUCCUUUGGAAAAAUUAAUCUUUUACUUAGAAAUUAAUUUACAUCUUGAAAUUGAUUUUAAGCUACAACAAAUGGAUCUUGUCUACAUUGAGAGAAAUGUUUAAAAUGUUUCGAGCUCAUGCUCCAGCAUAUUUCCCCGUUUCUGUUACACGGUAAUUACAUUUUAUUUCCACGGCGAAGAUCAUCGGCGAGAAUUAUUUCUCGACCCGGUUGUUAAUCGAAUCUCAAAGUCGGGCUCGAUAGCCGGUCGAAAGAUCGUUUAUUCUCGAAACGAACGAAAUUAAAUAAACACGUGGAGGAGUGUAAACGAAGAAUUUCCAAUCGGAGUUCCAGAUGAGAAACGAGUUUUCUAUUCGACCUUUCCUUCGGCGACCGCGUCCCGAAAUUACGUACCUCGCAAAUGAAUCUUCCUUCCAUCGACAGCGAAAUUUUCUGCUCGACUAUAUCGGGGGCAGAUCUGUUUUAUUCCCUUCCGUUCUCCUCUGUCGUUACUCCUUUUUUCCUUCGUUUCAACGGGCACACGACUUCGUGGCUUCAUGGAGUCUGGUCCGCAGAAAGAAGAAAGGGAAUUUCUUGAAUGUCGAGGCGGAGGAACGGGGGAAGAAACGAAGGUGAACGAUCGCCAAAGGUUUUAACAGAAGUUAAAUCGCCUAAUUACAGGUUAAAAAUUUAAUCAACGAAUGCGUUUAAUACAGUAGAGUUUUCCGAGGCGCGCAUUAAAACGUGAUUGAAGCUUUUUAAUUAUGGAGCAACAACCUUUUGGCUCGUUUGUCGAAUAAACCCAUGUUGAAUGCUGUCUGUGCCUUCGGCUCGUUUAAUUGAACGUCACGCAGCUUUUAUGCGCGUCUAUCGGCCGCAACUUUGGCACCAAAUUUUUAACGAGUCGUAUGCAGCAAACUCAUUAAACUUCUUUCGAAUGAUGUUCCCUUUAUGAAUUCUCGAUUUUGCCUGGUUAUGCAACGUCGCGCUGAUUAUGAUAUAAUCGUUCCGUGAAUGAGGCGUUACCUUCCGGGAACAAACGCCAGACGGCAGAUAAUUUAUUCAAUUUGAAUAAAUAUCGAUAGGUAUAGGAUAAUUCGUCUAUGCCUCGUCAUCGUCCGUCCUUAUCCACUUUUAUUUGAUACCCUAACUUUCUUCAGCCUCUGUAUAACGUGAUAUGCACACGAUCGUCGAAUGAAUUGCACAGAAGAUACGGUAUUCGUCUGAAAUUCUAAUCCCAGCUAGUGGUGCGUGUAUCUGAGAUCGAGUAGUUUAGAGAUCCCUCGGGGCACCUUCGAACGACUGUGUAUCGCAUUUGUUCGUCGUUUCUCCGACUUCCUUCUCGGUCUUUCGUCGUCGUCGUCGUCGUCGUCGUCGUCGUCGUCGUCGUCGUCGAAAGCGGUCGAUGGAGGCUCAUGAAAAAUUUCCAAUCGCCGAGUGCCGCUCGCCUUAUUAAUGAUCCGCCAUCGUAACGGGGUCACCGGUCGAUCACAAUGAACUCCCGCUUUUCACCGAGACUCGGCGAUUCUACGAGGGUUAGACGUCCAUUCUUCGUGAAGCUAUCGCAACGACGACGGCGACGAAAGAAAAAGGAAUUGGUGGCGAGAACCGCUAAGAAAGCUCUUAAUCCUGACUCAUUAGUCCGGUCGGCGACGAUCGAGUAGACAUCGAUCAGAAGGUUUAAGUCGCAGUCGGUUAAAAGGCUGGCAGUGGCAAGCAACGGUGUGGAACGGGGCACAGCCGGCAGAUUAGGUUGGGUUCGGUGAUAAGUGAUCGCGGUUCCCGGACUGAAACUCUAAUUAAUACCUCGACGCUUCGUUUGAGCCGGUGACUUACGGGGCUGUCGGCCGGGCGCAGAAUUACGCUGAAACUGCCGGCACAGCGGCGUUGUCCUUCAGGGGCGGUACGACCAUUUGUUAUCGAGGGGGGACUCGAAACAGAGAGCGGCCGAUCGUCGACCACCAACCGCUUUACACCACCUGCAAUCGUUGUUCUCGACGUUCUCCGCCGCGGAUGCGAUGCAAUCGCUAUCCCCUCUCGAUGCUCUCAAUGCCUUUACGUUCGAUUUAACGAGCCACGAUACCUCGUCACCGACGAUGAAACAUGAAACCCGGUAUCGAACCUCGAAUUGAUUUUAGUUUGUUCUUCAACUUUCAGUCAUCGUCUUUGUCGUUCACUAAGGAAUACGAAGGAACGGGACGCGGUAAUGGGCUGCUUUGCCACGAAUCGAUGAAAAAUAUGAUUAAUGGGUCGGUCCACCCGGAAAGAAUAAUUCUUUUUCUGCGUCUCUGUUCUUCUUUUCUUUUUCCUUUUUUUUUUCUUUUUUUUCUUUUUUUUUUUUUUAACGUGUCUCGAUUCAAGUUGAACUGAUCGAUGGCUUCCCAAUGAGAACGGAGGAAUUGUGAAAACGCAUGUUUCGGAGAUAAUCUCGUUAGUUACGUGCUAUAGUCGUUUUAAAAAAUGUUCUUCCCUAUAAGGUACCAACGCGGACAGAAACGAUUUAUCUCUCAUGGGAGUCCAUGAAACGUAAGCGAGGCGUCACGGUCGAGCGUACUCUCGAAUUCAGGUUUCUUUUCACGAUUCGUCACGAAUCGACGCCGAUGGAGUAGGCGAGCCGCCGUCGCGUCGUUUUCCUUUCGUUCUUUCGAAAAGGGCGUUCCUUUCUCUCACUUCGGUUUGCAACUUGGUCUUAGCCUAUCUAUCGCCCGCUCGGUAUUAUGCGGUUUAGUGCAUCGUCGCGACACUGUGUGUAUGACUCGGUCUCAUAAACGAGCGAAAAUCUCAGGCGAAAGGAAAGGAAAAGACGCAAGAAGAUUCUUCCGCUUGUUUUCUUCCCGUCGUUUAAUCAGCGUUGUUCCUCCAAAUUUUUCUAGAAUGGUCGUUUUGAUCGGACAGCCAGGUGAAUCUGCGAUAUUCGUUAAUUCGAAUUAUCCACUGAUCAUCCAUCCUCCUGUCGCAUCACCGUUUCUGCUUUUUACUUUUCACUAGUACAGUAAAAAUUGAAACGACCGGAGGAACGUCAACAGCUCUAGCAAGUUAAAGAAAUUUAUAUAUCACGUGAAUCUGUCUUGAAUUAGAAAUCUCCAACAUUUGCUGGGAAAUCUCCGUAAUAGGGAAAAUGCAGAAGCGCGAGAUAUUUUCGAGCAUGCGUGCCGGGGACUGAAUACAACAUGGCUUGCGAAAGUAAUUGCAAGAAGAAUAAUCAGACUUGGCGUAACGUUAGGAGCGAGUUUCCAAAAAGCAGGGCAAAAAUAAGGCGAACGUCAACCCGUACCUUCAGCUGCAGACAAAUUCCAGCUGACAGAGUGUUCGUACGGUAGUAUAUAGUAGACUAUAAGGGUUACGUCAUGGGGCAGGAAGCACACUCUAUAAAUGACCCAGGGAAAAAAUAUCGAGCAGAAGAAAGUAAAGGAGCGGUCAAGAGUGAACGGCGAAGACGAAGAGGGAGAUAGGCUGGGUCACGCGUUUCCUGAGCCACCAGCGAUGUGACGAAGUGCAUUUUACAAAGGUACGCGGUCACCCUUCCGUCGUUUUCCCUCGCUUCUUAUCUCUUCGUCGUUCCACUUCUACACACGCUUUUUCGCCGAAGACAAUUUGUCGCCGGUCGCGAUACUCGAGUUGAAGAAAACGCUGCCUGCGGAGGACGGGAGGAAGUGGAGGGAGUGUAAACUCGCGAGUCUUGGAAUAAGAUGCUUUUGGCGACACGAAACGAACGGAAAAGUGGAGUUUUCAAAUGGUAAAAGACGAUUCGAGAGAAUAAGUAGACAAAUUGUCGAUGACUAAUUUCUAUCGAAGGGGAAUAGAGGGAAAAGAUAGAAAUCCAAUUAAAUCUAUGAAUGGAACGAAGAGGGACACGCGGGUAAGAUUUCCAAAGAAGCUCGGUCAAAGUUCCAUGACCCUUUUCUUCUUCUUUCUCCUUUCGCCGACCCUUCUCUUUUACUAUGUCGCGUCAUUCCUACUACUUUCGUCUCAGUCGGUUUCGUAGCUGGUCUCCGCUUUUCUUCGAUUUUUCUCUGCUCUUUGUAAAGCAGAAAACUUUCGCUCGAUUGAACGGACAAUCAACGACGAUAUACCGCGUCUCGCUAACUUUUAUAAAUAACUUAUGGCCAUUGAAAAGGAUAAACAGCGAGUGGGUGGGGUAGAGCGAAAAAUAGAACGAGAAGAACCGGCUGUUUUAACAGGGUAAGUCUAUGGUGGAGCGGAAAACCUUAUUGCCCUGGAAGCUGGCUAAUAUCAUCUCUGUAGAAACGGAGGCUGUGAUGAGGGAAGCCGGUUAAAGGACCCUGUGUCGCGCAGGCGCCGGUAGGAGUACAGGAAAGAUGCUGCCUUCCUCGAGAGCUUUAUUAAGCCCGCUGCUGCUUCUAAUCAUCGCUGGAAGCACCGGUGCCUUCAGCUCCCGACAAGGAGGUGGACAUUCGCAUCGAGUAACAAUUACUUGGAAAUGCACGUUUCCACUGAAAUGGGAAGGCACCUGGUUUCAAAGCGGAGUCAGACAGCCGAUCGUGAUCUCCAGGAAUGAAUUGUCCAGCAAGGGUAGGUGCCUGCACAACGAGGGCGACAAGUUUCUUCUGGUUGAUCAAAAAUCCUGCUACCGUUGCGUCGUCAUUCACGAGAAGCACUCGAACGUUCUCCAGUACAAAGAAACUUACUGUCACAGCAGAAAUUCAUUGUCAUCACUGUGCUCAUACAUCACGGGAGAUGCCCUGCUCUAUUCGAUGUUCCGGGAGGAGGCUACACCUGUGCCGUGUCCUUUUCGAGGACCCAUGACCUUCUCCUAUAACCGCGGUCACGGAACUUGCUCGGUACCCGUCAGCAACGUCGACACCUGCACCGACGAUAGUAGAUUGUUGUUCAGAUACCAGGCGUGUCCCGAUAUAUCUGCUUCCGAGAGCGCAGUGGAGGAACUGGAAUGCCUGGCCACCUGGAAGGAGGGCAGCAGCCGUUACCUGGUGGGCCGUUUACAUCACGGACACGCGUCCAGUAACGAAGAUCGAUACCGAUGCUUCGUCUACGAGAAGGCCGGCCAGACAGUGCAGAGUAAUCUACACAGAGCUGCCAUGGGCAUAGGAGCCAUGGAUCACGAUGUCGGUUUACAGAGUGGACCGUUGCCCGAGGGUGCGGCCGAGAUCUACCGGGUGGCACAGAGCGGUGACGCCACUUGCAACGGUCUGUUCAGCCCUAUGGAAGGAUCUCGAACCAUGACGCUCAUGAAAGUCUCGCCACCCGGCCAGUGCCGAUUUCCCAAUUGGUUAACCGGCCACUCUAGCGGCGGACUGACCUGGCACACCCUCGACCUGACCAGAUCUUACACGUUCCAUCCUCGGAACGCUUCCCUGCACGUAACCAGAUCGAAUAGCAGUUCCUCGAGAUUCGAAAACGGUCCCCUAGACGGACAGUACGUUCCGGGUCAAGAAGAUCAGGACGUAAAGAUCUUGUGCAACAGCAUCAAACAGUCUAGCGCUGCUCAAGCGAUGACGAUGACUAUGUUGGUCGCGCAUUUCACCGUCGGUUGUCGGAGCGGUUUCAUGUGCAUGACGUUCUACCGAAGGGACGGUCACGUGAUAGAAGUGCAAACCGGAAGCGCCGUUUCAAGGCCGGAAGAAGCUUGCAGCACGCCCCAUUUUCAACAGCACAACAUACCCUUCCUCACCUUAGUCACCAGUUCCCCGGAGCCACGUACGUGCCCGUACUUGGGCAAAUUUACGGUGACGGGGGUGAACCGGAACCAACGGAACAUCCGUGAAAGCCGGAGGAACCAACACCAGGAGGGCGUCAGGCGUGACAGAGAAAAAGUUCGGCACGCCCAGGAACGAACCCAGGAAGAUCGACGCGGCCGGAAGCUCGAUUUCGACGUGGAGAAACGAAGGGCGAACAACGAAUACCUCGUCCAUGAGCGAAUGGGCAGGCGAGCCAGAUCGAAUCGCAACAACAGAAACCAUCGCGAUCACAGCCUCGAGGAGGUGUCGUCCAAGCGAACUUUGGAUAUCGAGGACCUGCUGCGCGACCACGCUAGAUCCAAGAUGAGAAGAUCGGAGGACCAGCGAUCGACCGAAAGCGUGUCGAGGUCGAAACUCAGAAGAACGCACGAUCUUGCCAAACGUUCAGCUAUUAGUAUCCAGCGAACGAGCAAUAGAUCAAGAAGAAGCCCAAAGAUGGAGGACUUCCGGGUAGACGCAGACGAUUUCGCACGAAUCAGGCAAUUCUGGGCAACCGAUUUCGACGAUACGGAUGGCUCGAGCAUGCUCGAGAUUCAGGGUGAUUAUUUCGGCGAUUACCCGGACACCGCUAACCUGCCAAAAAAGAGGUCAGGCAGAGAGAUGACGUCGAGCCUGCUGGCGAGAACGAGGAGAAACGUCGAGCAGCUGAAUCCUAGCAACGGAUCUUUCGAGAAAAGGGAGAAGAGAGAAGAAGAUAUCUCUAGAUGCAGCUCCGAGGUUACUACCAUAACCAUAGGAUGUUCUACCGCGGACAGAAUGGAAUUUCAGACGGACUGCGUCGAAGACAACGCGAUCGCGUACUCCUGCCACGGUAGGUGGUUCGACGCGGAGGGCACCCAAUUCGUGAUCGCCACCCAACUGGCACCUGGCACGAGCUGGUCCAGCGAGAACAACAGGCCCCAGCCGUACAGAAACAGUCGAAGAUUGUGCUUCAUGUACAAAGAGAGCGGCGGAGUUGUCAGUUUGACUGCCAGCGAGGUCGCCUGCCAGAGGGGAAUUCCGCCGCCCCCACCUAUGUUGGCCUUCAAUGCUACCAGUACCGGUCAGUGCAUGGAAGAGAACAGGGGCUUUGUUACUCGAUCGACGUACCUGAUGAUCGUCAGCCUGACGGCGGUCGUCGCGAUAUACAGGUGAUUCUAAUCGAACGGACGACGAUCUCGCGACCGUUAAAACUCAACGUUUGUAAUCUGCGUUACUGGACACCGUGUGGGUGACGAAACGAGGUGGUACACGUGUAUAAAAAGAAAAUAUAUAUAUAUUAUAUAUUAUACAUAUAUAAUAUACAUAUAUAUAUAUAUAUAUAUAUUAUAUAUAAUCGCCUUUGGCGCGAAUCACCGAACAAGAUCGGUCGAGCGUCCGGGCCAACGAGAAAGAAGAAACUGAAAGAGAAAAUGGCACAAUCGAUACUUUGGCUUCGAACGCUCGUGUCCGUAGCUCUUGCUAGCCUCUCUGAUUCGUCGGGAGAAAUUCGUGCUCGCACGACCAUCAAAAUUUUUUCGCGCAACGAGAGACGAGGAAAGAUAUCGAGGUUCGUCCUAGCUAACAGUGCCGGUCCCUGAUUCGAUUCGAUCUCGAGGAACGAAAAAUAAAGUCGCCUAUAAUAAAGAGACAAGAGGCAAAACUCUGAUUUCUUCCGUAUGAGAGGUGCUCCUCCAGACCAGAAGGAAAAUCAAGUAGACAAGAAAAGAGGGCGGAACAUCGUUUGGGAAGGAGACGGAUCCGAUCAAGAUGAACGGUUUAGUGACGGAAGGGAAAGAGGAAGGAAGGAAGGAAGGAAGGAAGGAAGGAAGGAAGGAAGGAAGGAAGGAAGGAAGGAAGGAAGGAAGGAAAGAAGGAAGGAAAGGGUAUUACUUUUCGAAGGAAAUUUUUUUCUCAACGACGGGAAAGGAAGCCGCUUGUUCCUUCGAGAGGAACGAUGUAAGGAGAGCGAGGGUGAAGGGUCGUGAAGAUCGAACGCGAAUUUCCCCUGGCCAGUAGGUUUUUUACCGAUGUAGCUCGUAGGCACUAGCUAAUUAAAAAUCGGGUAAAGAUAACAAAGUAAUUACACAAGUUUUUAUGGUUAGACCAUAUCACGAGCGAGAUCACGGCGCACGAUCGAUCGGAUUCUUUAGCGAAAGGUGACGAGCGAUGAGAACGGGAUCGAUUGCCGGCCCGCAACGAUACCGAAGAGAGAAGAAAGCAACAUCACGUUUUAGUUAGUAAGACGAUCGACCGGCAGAGGUCGUUAUCAUUUAAGGUAGAAACUACAUAGAGAAUAGCUUUAAUAAGGCGUGAAGGGGAACAGGUUACUCGGCAAAUAUUUUUCACACCCGGCUGCUCCUUUCUUUCCACGAUCCUACAGAGUACUGUAAGUGGGUGUACCGUGUAUUUUGUAUUACCAGUUCGAAGAAUAGAAGCCGGCACGAAGAAAACAGGAGUGCACCUGUAUCUCGAAACAUCGUGGAUCGUUGUUACUAAAGCGCCAUCGACUUUUCGAUCGUAGCAACGCAUCGUUUUUUAGAACAAUUUGAGCGCUAUAGAUUAAAUUAUACGAUAAAAACAAAGACGUACCAUUUUGAAGUUUCAUUUCACCGAGAAGUACAAUGUUCGAACGGCACGGAAGAUUCCGCAUCCGUUAACAGAUUUUGGGCCAAUCGAGAAAGCUCGCGGCAGAAUUCAAUUACCACACGAAAUAUUAGUAGAUGUAUUAAAGGUUGAUUGCAUUGUAGCUGUUAUAUAAUAGCUACAAAGGGCUAUUAGCCGUGUUAUAGCUGAAUGUAUAGCGUAACUAUUAUAUAAUAGCUGUAAUAGCCGCUAGCUGUAUUAAUAACCGACCGAAGGGGAAAAACAUAUUUCAAAGCUUCCGAGUUAACUGCGUUAUUUUUCUAUUGUACGAUACAAAACAAAAAAAAAAAAAAAGCACGCGUCGCUCGUCCACGAUGUUUAGAGAGCCGGACACAAUGAUCGAUGCUACGAAUUUAUUAUCGCACCGAAUAUUAUUCGCCGAGUAAAACGUUCGAUCUGUUAGAAUGAUCGCGAAGAGUGAAACGUGAUUGACACCGAUACACGCGCGUAGCAAACAGUGUUAAAAGGUGUUAAUGAAGUAAUUAACGCAAUACAAUCUAUCGUGUAGUAGGAUUAUCUGAUGCGCCAAUGGGCUAAAAAGCGGAGAGGAACGAGAGACACGAGGAAAGAAUCAGGGUCCGCCCAGCCGAAAUUUUAUUUUUGUGAAAAAUCUUUGAAUAAUAAAUCAUCUUGCACCGAAAUAAUCUAUAUCCUGCCCGCUAAUAAUUUAUCGUAUCAAUUGCGUAUUAACCCGAAACUAUUUGCGUAUAACUUCAACGAUCGCAAUGUAUUCUGCAUGGCUAAACAGAAACGUCGUGCCCGAUGAUAAAUUUAAUCCAAAUAUUUCUGGUAUUUCGAGAACAUCACUAUUUCGACGAUUCAAUUAACUUCCAUCGCAUCGGGGCGGUGAACAACGAUAGGCAAUUUCAAAGCGCCGUAAAAUUUAUUUGAUCGCCACUUGCAGAAUAUCAGCGUUCCUCGAACACGCUACGUUUUAAUGUUUCGAACGUUAAUCGAUUUCUAUAAAUGCCACUUUCUUUUCUCGUUAAUUACGAACAGAGAUCGGGUUACUACGCGAAAAUUAGGUUUACUUCGAACGAGGAUUCGUUAAGCUUUCCGAACAAUACGAAGGAUCAUUCUCGAGAGGGGAGAAUAUCGGUAGACAAACGGCCGAACGUGUAAAGUGUAAAAUUGUAACUGUGAUGGAUUUUCCGGUCCGUUAUACCGACUCGCAAUCGGGAACGUUCCCCUCUCAUUCGUGCGUUUGCUCCGGAUUAUUCGUUCUUUUCUUCUGGCGACACUGAUUCUUUCUCGUUACGAUCUUGGUGAUGUUUAUUUUUCUUUGUCGAGCGUCGAUGGGUCUCGUGGAAAAAUUCCUGUUGGUAAAAGUUCCAAGGCGGAUAUCCCCGCGGUAGUUUAUCGAUGCAAACGGAGAUCGAGAAGGUGAAACGUGGAAUAUAGCGUGAGACAAAUUGGCCACUUGUUCGACCCUUAUCGCGCCGAGGGGGAAAAAAAAAGGAGUCGAUGGGAUAUUUUAUUAAAGAACUGGAAACUCCGAGAGCUAUGACGUUGAUCUUGCGAAUCGAAAUGAAAUUUACCAUGACAAAUGUCGAAAGAAUCGGAAUAUCGUGCGCGAUCAUCGAAUUGGUCCGCGUUCGCGAUUCUCGAUCGCGCGUAAACAUCGCAAACGAUAUCAUUUCCGGUAUGCCGGAAGGAUUUCGAGGAACGGCCGGGUUUAUUUAAAAGUCUGGAGACGAAGGAAUUUUUCCAAGAGCCCGACAGCGCCCGCGUUAACGUAAGCAAUAAGCAAUAAAGUCACGCAACGGCUCGAUCGUGUAGACAAGAGAUGUUGCGUUUCACGAGAAAACUGUACCAUCGCGUUAUGCCAGAGAUCUUCUAUUAUAUUGGUUUGUCCGAACGGAUUUUCGCGACAGCGACCGAAAACGGAGAGAAAAGGGAGACGCAAGUGGAUACGGACCGAUCGAUCGCGAGGUAGGACGCUACGAUAUUAUUGUAACUAAUAUAGAGUCUAUAUUAUAUUAUUGUACAAGCAUCUUUGUAAUAAUUAACCCGAACCGAGUGACGAGAGGAAACGAAAAGGGAAAUACGAGCAAUGAGGCACGAUAGAAGAGUACGCAACAAUAGAAAACGGACACAAAACAAAGCGAGAAAAAAGUUAAAAAAGAAGCAAAAAAAAAAAAAAAAGAUAAGAAAGAAAGAAGGUGAAUAGAGAAAGAGAAUGAAACAUAAGAAAAGCCAAUCGCUAUUUUACCACUUUUCCAAUCGCGGUACACGUAGUUUUCACGCCGUUAAAUUUUUCUUCGUGCUCAUUUUUGCGACGCGGACGAGGACGAGCCUCUGAUCCCUGAAAAUUUCGCGUCUGUAAAUAUAUCUGUGGCCACGCGGACUCCGCUAUUCUAAAUGCAUGUCUCAUUUUUUAUCGGCAUUUUUCGUUCAGUUGCACCUCGUCGAGAGAUCCUCCACUCCCCUGAUCUCUCGAGAUGAAACAUAGGUAUUUCGGAAUAUCGUACAGGUUGCGUCGCAAAGGCUCGGCGUCGUGCGAAAAAACGUUCUUUUAGAUAUGAACAGAGUAGUACGUAACUAUAUAGAGGAAAAAGAGGGCUGUCGACGUGCUUUUUCGUCGGGAAGAAAAUAUCGAAGCGUGGAAAAAAUGCCCGCGCGACAUGCGGAAAAAUGCGGUGGAUCAAAGGCUCCUUCUCUCAGAGGCGUUCAUUUAAUCGAGUGAAAGACGCUCUCCUUUUCAGGGUUCUCGCGAGAGAAAGAUCGAUCGACUUUCGUUAGGCUUCUCGGCAAGUACCUUCCUGACAAGUUACUUACCGUCGUUGCGCACAGAAAAUCGCGGAUUAGCGAGUCACGAGGCGUUUUUCUUUUUUUUUUUUUUUCUUUUCUUUUUUCUGUUUCGUUCGCUCUAUUUUACACGUUUUUGUUCGUUUGCUCACCAGACGAGUAGAAUACUUAGUGGUUUAGGACUUUUAACGAUUAGCACCUUAGAUGCCGUACUGUACCUAAGAAGAUGCAACGUAUUUAGCAUAACCUUAAGGUGAAAAACAUAGCGAUUAAGGAUUACUCUAGCUUCAUAGGGGUAAUAAGCUCAUUGUGACAGCAAUCAGAGGUGCCCCGCGGUCGAAGCGCGAACAAAACAACCUUUUUCUUUCCCCGAGCACGUUUUUCGAUCACCCAUCUCGCGUCUGUCGCGCGUGCACUUCUUGCGAACAGUCUCGAAUGCCAAUUCUGUCUGGAGCGUGCGUAAAAGAUGUUUCAAAUCGAUAAGAACGAGUCUCAAAAAGAGAGAGAGAGAGAGAGAGAAGUGAGCAGGGGCGCGGCAAGGAUUUCUACUAAUCUAACGAAGCGUCGGUUACUCGAAUCGCUCGGCUACCGGGUCCGCAUAAAUAUCCGAACAGCUUUUUUCGACAGCUCGAGUUUAUAGACUACUUCCGUUCCACGCGAAUACUUCAACUACGGUUAUCGUGCUGAAAGUCAAAUGUUACUCUCGGCGGCGAAAUAUCGGGACGAUUCGAGGCGCGGAGCCUUAGCGGAGAACCUCGACGAUCGAAAUUCUACGAGUCUCGGACCCAGCGAACGGGUUGCCGCGUCCUGCCGCACGUCACCCAUUCAACGAUCAAUCAGAAUCACACGAAUUCGCUGUUAGGACAAAACCGCGGACCUUCGAUAAGAAAACGAAAAGGUCGGAGAUUCGGCAAAUCGUCGAAUCGAUAGCGAUAGAUAGUGGCGUUUAACCGCGGGUAGGAGGGACGUAUUCGCGAAUGAUAGUUAGAAGUUUGUUAUUAUUUUCGAUUUGCCCGACACAAACAACGCCGAGGGAUUUGAUAAUUAUCAGAGCAUCCUCAAACAUCGUUACUGACCGACCGCCUAGGUUCGCGCCACCCGGCCUCUCGUCAAACACGCGCUCCGCUUAAUGAGAUUGAUGCAAUCGGCCGAUGCAUUUAAUCCGGUUAAUUUACAUUGGGUCCUAAUAUCGUACGCGAAUAUUCCGCUAAUGCAGUCGGUAAUGAGAAACAGAAAAUUGCUUGCACAAACUGCUCCCUUUCCCAUCCCCCUGAACGCGCGUACGCGGACAAGCGGCUGUGAGCGCUCGUGUGUACCAUCGCCAGAGUUCGCUUUCGACGAGAUUUCGACUUCGCGCUUACUCUCCGCGUUUUUCGAUUCGUCCGGAAUCAUCGUCGUCGUCGUCGUCGUCGUCGUCGUCGUCGUCGUCGUCGUCGUCGUCGUCUUUUCCAUUGAAAUUUCCAACGGAGCAUCGCGAAUUAAUUUGGCUUGACCGAUCGAGGGGAACGAUUCGAAAAGCGAUCGAAUUUAAAGCGUGGAUAACGAGAGUAAACGAACGGUAUAAUUUUCUUACGCGUUCAUUUUCGAGGUCGACCGCUUUGACGCGCCAACGUGCCCCACUGUCUGCGAACAAAAAAGUUUAAUUACGGUGGAAAAAAAAACCGACGGGUAGGACGGGAGAACGAAAUUAGUCGGUCGAGAGAGGAAGAAAAGAAAGAGGAAAGGAAAUGGCGAGCAAAACUACGGGAUAAAGAUGAGCUGGCUGUCGAGGGAAUCCAGGGGAAAAGCAACGUCACAGUCAGAAACAGGACACGUUUACGCGGCCUGGAUGUCGGUUAACGAUUUUAUGGAAACCCGUCUAAUGGGAUUAUCGGAUUACUUCCGCGUCGGUACGGGUGCUCUACUGCAGUUUAUUAUUCUCAUACAGUGGAUUAUACGCUCGUUCUUGAAUCUUCUUCUAUAGAUCGUACAAAGCCGGACCUGCGAGCGGCGUGUCUUUCAGGAAUGCAGGCACGUUUGCAGACGUUUGCCGGCGCGCGAAACGGUUUGCCGCGGUUUACUCGCGCGCUAAAUUAGCACAGAGUUCGAACGUUUCGCGGCAUAAAAUUCAGCGAGAAACGUAAUUGCUGGUUGGCCAAGGCGGCGUGAUUUUCCGAGAUUUCUAACGUCUUUUGAUUCUCCUAGUUCGACACGUGCGAUUUUAUUAAAUGGCGAUUUAACGAGCUCUCCGCUAACGAGGUAAUCUCGAGCGCGUCUUUUUGUACGAUCGGCGUUCAAUUCGGUCGAGUUUCAGCCCCUUAUCGUUUGCUCUAACAGCAAUAGGCAACCCUUAAUGAUCCCGCGUGACGCAUCCGGGCCGAUUCGAAACCGUCGCUCGAAGAUUAGAAAGGCAUCGCGUGCCAUAUGGGGACGAGCGUGUGCACCCCUGGCCGAAACUUCUCUCCGCGUACGCUCCAGCGAACCGAGGACGUUUUCAAUCAAGGGACAAUCAUCCCUCGACGAGCGAUCGAACCUUUUUAUCGAAUCAUCGCGGCCCGUCGUUUCCAUCCUUCGAACGAAACGUCAGCGGCCGAUCAUCGAACAACGACGAGAAUACUUUUUCGCGGCGAGGGUACAUAUGGAGCAAUAUAAGAGUGAGUGUGCGUUCACGAGAAACAGAGAGGGAGAGAAAGCGAUCGAGAGCGAGAGAGCGGGAGAGAGUGAGAAGAGUCACGAUUCAACUACGAUAUAAAGGACAAAGUCCGAGGGUAGACGGAAGAAUACCUGGACGAAGGAGGCAAUAUUUUAUAAUACGGACAAAGCAUACCGCUUCAGAGUUUCUAAUACUUUGUUACUUUAAUUUUCAAUAAAUAAUUAUUAUCGGUGUUACAGUAACUUCAGCCUAUACGAUCAAUUCUUUGAAUUCCUCGCGCGACGAACGAUACGCACGCCUCUUGAGUGAUCGAUUCGAGAGACGCAUCGAUUACUUCGGCGGAAUUUCUUUUCUUCGUUCUUCGUCGAAAGAGUCGACCCACUCGAACGUUCGCCCUUUUACGAAGAAGCUCCAACCGAGCGUAACCAGGCCCAUGCCGACAGUCCUUAUUGCGUACGUUUGCGCACACUUUACGAUACGCAUGUAUAUAGAUAUACAUACAUAUAUGAUCGCAUACCGUGUGUAUAAUUUUUGGUCUCGUGGGAAGUGCCGGGUGCGCGACGCGUUGCGUGUUUAGCGAACGAUGGAACCGCGGGGCAAUGACGAGACGAAAGAGAAAGAGGAGGAAAAACUGUAUGCCGAUUCGAUUUUAAAUUAGAGGAUCGAUCCUUGCUUGAUCGGCGACCCGGGGACGGUAGGUGCAUCGUCAACGUUUUAAUAUAUCUCGAAUUUACAUUUAAAUUAUCAGUGAAAUUCGUAGAUCGAAGUUUCGCACGAACUUUUACAAAAAUUACAUAUUUAAAUUUCAAAUAUUUGGAAAAUUCUAAAACGGUCGGUCUGGUUGGUUAAUCGGAUGGAUGAUGGCGAGUACACGCGUAAGCAAUCUGUAGACGAAACGAGGAGGAGCGCAGUCACUCUCGCAAAGUGUGAUUCAUGAACCGUUCGUUUCUGUGCACCAGGUCACGGUCAGCAACCAAUGAAAAAGAUGAUUCUCCUUAUUUAGUGGGGCAAGCGAUCAAGGACAUUGCUGCCGGCAGUUUUACGCCGGCAGCCGAGCGAAUGAUUUUCCAACAUACCGCGUAAAAAUAGCGGCCUCUGAGAAAAGCAUACAUCGCUGGAACAGUUAAUAGAAUGUCGAUUCUCUGGCUGACACGUGUCGGAUGUGAUCGGGGAUAAAAGCUGCCAGGACAACGGACGAACGGAGUCGAUAGAGCGACAGCAGUUCGCGAACGUUCACCCGUGCAAACAGCGUUUCUCUUAUUUAUUUAUUACGAUUUUCUCCCGCAUGGAAACAACCGAUCCUACCCGUUCGUAUCGGUAACUUACGUACAUCGGGCGCAAAACAAAGAAUUACGUAACUUUGACGUUCGAUUAUCUGUUCUUGUCGUAACCGUGAUAACGUAGCUAUUUUAGCGCAAUCGCGGUGAUUUUGCGAAAUCAGAAACGAACUUGGCGUGGCUUAUUGAACGUUACACGCUCCGAGUAGCGAUACUGGCGUGCCGCUUCAACCGAAAUUUAUCAACUCGAAAUCGUUCGAUGGACCGGAAAUGGCCGGGUUAAGAGAACGCCGGAGCAUCCAGGAUUUUUCGCGUGGUUGCUUAAUGUUCGAUGCGUCGCGAGUUGCGCACUUAUCGCCACUUCGCAAUUUCGUCACCUACGACGCGUGCGAUUCAACGAUGAGCACGAACCAUCGAUCAUUAGCUGCGCGAGGUUUAAUUGCGUCGAACGAUUCAAUUUGACGAGUCAAGCGUAGAAUAGACGGAUCGAGCCGGCCGAUCGGAAUUUAGUUUUGACCACCCUCCUCGAUUCUAACUUUCCGACGCACCGCGCGUUGCAAAUUGUACAAUGUGCAAUCACGUCGAAUCGACGAAGCGACACGGCCCGAUGUAAUCGAGCACGAUCGUUAAAGAUCGUCACGCGAUCUCGUCCUCCUGCCAGUGGUAAUUUGUGGGAUGUCCAGCUCCGCUAUCGGCGUCGAAGAAAAACGGAAAGUAGACGAGCGAGAAAUCGAAAUUCGCCAUCGCUGUUUCUAUAUUUGCGAGAUCUAUUCACGAGGUUCAACGAGAAUUCGGAUCGUGCUCCGAUCGUCCCCAGUGUCGUUCCGCAGAAAAAAAGAAAUAAAUUAAAUAAAAUAACCGAUAAGAAGAAAGAUAAAAGCGUAAAGAGGAAACAGAGUUACUGUAGUCUCUGUUGGAUGAAUGACAGAAAAGCAAUACUGCAUGAACGAGGCAUGCGUGCGAAGCGAGUUUGCGAGAGAGUGAAGCGAAACAGACGCGAAAAAGACAAGCAUGUAUCGGCAAGAGAGAAAGAGAGAGAGAGAGAGAGAGAGAGAGAGAGAGAGAGAGAGAUGCUCAGCGAAUGACAAGUGUGUAAGCUACCUGUGCCUUGUAACAAACUAUGUAUGUAUAUACGUAUUAUAUACACAUGGUCACACGAGGAAGAAGAAGAAGAAAGAAGAAGUACAUUACAUACCACACAUGUAACACACGUAAACUCUCACGGUAAUCUAUAUAUUUAAAAGAAAAAAAAAAAAAAAAAGAAUCGUUGCCGUCUCUUCUGAAACGCAGCAAGAAAAUUGAGAAUCCCUCUCAAAAUUUCGUUCAACGCGCGCGUAAUGAUCGACAGGACGAAGAUACCUGGAGAUGGAUGGCGGAAGAGGUGACGGGAAAAAAUAAAAAAUCUUAACGAAUGAAAUAAAGAAAAAAAAAAAUCGUAAAACAGAGGAAACAAAUACAGUGAAAUAUGUUUGUUGAAUUGAAUGAAAACACAGGAGAAAAAAUGACGAAAAUAGCAAUAAUCGAAUCUCAGACUGAAUUAUAAAAUGGAAAAAAAAGAGAAAAAAAAAUGGGAAAGAAUCGAAUAUUACACCGCAAUCUUUGUUGUCGCGGCGGCGACGCGCGAGCGUGUUAAUUAUUAUAAAUACUGUUACAGUGUCUUGCUACACACACAUUGGGGAGAUUAAAAUAAAAUCUCGAAGCUCGAA